ACUCAUCACCGUGGGCUGCAAUCAAUAAUUAUAAUAUCAAUAAAAAUAAUUUCCGUUUUCUUGGUGGCACAUGUUUUAAUCAUAUUCCUUUCGAUAAACCGUAAAUUACAAUGAAAUUAACAGUUAAGAAGUUGCAAGGUGGAGAGUGUUGUGUUGAGGUGCUACCAACGACAUCUAUAUUUGAAAUAAAACGGGAAGUUGCUGGAAAAUUAGCCAUACCUGUUGAAGAACAAAAGCUUCUAUUACUUGGGCGCACCUUAGCCGAUGAACAGACUAUUGAGUCGUAUCCAACUAUAAAAGACGGCACCAAACUCAACCUUGUUGUGAAAAAACCUGAUGGUCUAUUUGAAGCUUCAAUGAAAUACUUUAAAAAGUUGGGUAUGACAGAUAAAGAAGCCACAAAUGCAGCUAAUAAACUUCUAAAAAUUGUAGAGGAUAAGUUUAAUAAGUUGUCUUGGGAUGAUAUAGACCGGUUGUCUAUGGAUUGCCUUUUAGAGGAAUGCGGCCAGAGCCGGCCAGUGGUUGAGAAUGAGCCAGAAAACGAGGACAUGUAUGGUUUGUGACCCUUCCGGAGCGAAUUGAUUUACAUCUUAAAUCAAAUGUUAUAAUGUUUAUGGCUUUAAAAGACUACAUUGAUAUUCAUUGAAAGUACAUUAUCUGAUGUGUUUUUAACAAUGUUCAUAAAUCCUUAUUGGUAUUUUUUGAAUGUCUUUUUUUUUCAUGUAUUUUAUGCGGUAUUCAUAUUUAAGGGCUUAUUAAAAAAAAACCUUGUUUUUUAUAAGCACACCUGGACAGGUUUUGCUCUCACUUUUUUAUUCUAUAUAUACAAUCCAAAUGAAUUUUUAAAAUAGGGGUCAUUUUAGUUUUUUUUUGUAAAUGUGUAGUAGCCUAAUUCCCUCCGUUUGCCAAUUUAAGACUUGUAUGACUUAAGUUUUAAAAAAGUAUACAUAAUAGUAUGUUAUUGCCAUUAUUGGCUAGUGCCCAUACAUAUUUUUUGUAUCAUUCUUACCACAACAUUCUUGUCCUUGUUGGUAAAAACACUACCUAAUAAAAAAAAUAUUUUCAUUUUCAAAAUCAUACUGGAAGAUGAUGCAACAUAAGUCUUACAUCAAUACAUUUUAAGCUGUGAUGUUGUUGAUCCCUUUAAUACUUAUGAAAUAUAUUUAUUCUGAAUGUAGUAAAUUUUAGUCCGGUACACUUAUUUUGCAGUUGCAUUGCCACAUUGCUAUGUUGUAUGUUGUAUAGCUGUAUGUUGUUGAUGAUCUUUGUGACAAGUCAAUUUCCAUACAACUGAACACUCACAGCUCUUCAUAUCCAAAAAUGUUACUAUAAGGGCGGUUACACACUAGCGUUUUAUACGCGCCUAUAAGUUCGUUUGUAGAAACGCGUGUAGGCGUGUAUAGACCAAAUGUAGCGUGUAAGCGCGUAACGCUGAAACAACCGUACAUGCGCAAAUAAACGCUAAUUUGUAACCACUCUAAAGCAUAAAAGUUACUUAGAUCAUAGAGAAAUAUAAGUAAAGAAAGAGCGGUAACUCCAUACAUAAGUUUUCUUAAAUACCAAAUCGCGAGUUAUUUCGUAGUAGACUUCUAACGUCAAGUAAUUGAAUUAUCAGUACCUCUACUUGAUACCAGAUGUCACAAGACGAAAAAUGUACUGCUAAAACAAUUUACAACUAAUAUUAUAAGCAGGAGAAAAUAGAGUUCCGGUUAUAAUAUUAGCUGAAAAUUGUCGAGUAUUAGAGUUUCGUUCGUCGCGACAUCUAUUGUCGACUAGCAGUACUGAUAAAUUCCGCUACUUAACGCUAGAUGUCGACUACGAAAUAACUCGCGUUUUGGUAAGAGAACUGAUGUAUGGAGUUACCAAUCUUUCUUUAAUUAUAUUUCUCUAUGCUUAGACAGUAUAAUAGUUGUUCUUAAUGCUUUAGGAACUGUAAAUCGAGACAUAUUUAAGCAUUCACGGCUUUAAAAUUAUUAAAAAAUUUACAAACAUUUUUGUUGAAAAACAUCAAAUAAUAAUAAACAAGUUUGUAUGGAAACUGCAGUUAACUGUAACAUUGUGUUGUGAUACUCUAUUAUUUUAUUUCUAUGGACUGUAAAUAUUUGUUUACUGAUAAGCUUUGAUCGUUCAUAUA